AAAGAAGAAGAAGAAGAGAAAAUGCCCCCCCCCCCAAACUUAACCACCACCAUCGCAACCACCCAAGACGACCUCGUUUCCGCCCUCCGGCUAAUCGCCGACAGCGUCGCCCAGCAGCGCCAGAUCGCCGCCAACGCCAUCAUCUUCCACCCGCUCUGGAUGGCCGCCGCCGCCGCCACGCUGGCCGUCGUGGCCAAGCUGCUGUACGCGGACCGCGGCGACUGGCCGAUUGUCGGGACCACGGGCGCCGGGUGUCUCAUGGCCGGGCUGGUUGUCGUGCGGGCCCUGAGCGCCGGGUACAUCGAGGAAGCGGAGCGGGUGGGCACAUGGGUGUGGUUGGAGGCGGGGGAAGCAAAGCCAGACCGCGACCGCGAGCGCGUGGUGCUGGUGAGUCGGUUCGGGGAUAGGGUUAUCGGGGCUCUGGUGCUCGAGGCCGGGGUUGUGGAGGGACACGGGCAGGCGAGGACGAGGAGGAGAGCGACGGGGAGGAUUCGUGCGUGGACGGUGCUGACUCGGUAUCGACGGAACGGCGUGGGGCGGGACCUGCUUGAGCGGGCGGUUUUGGAGUGUCGGGCGAGAGGGUGGGAGGGCCCGGUGUUUGACCGGGACCAUGCGAAUUCCAAGCGACUGGUGCCGAGGAUGUUCCAUGCGCCGUUUGAGACGCGGGAGAAGUGGGCGAAGGAGGUGCUGCGCGAGGUG